AUGACCAGCAAUAGGUACCAGGCGUCCAACCUGGCGGCAAAUUCCAAGCCGUUCGUGCCGCUGAACCCCUACCACAUGCAGCAGUGGAUGGCAGCCCCGCCGUACUACCCGCAACCGCCCUUCCACCAGCCGUACCCGCAAAUGUACCCAAUGAUGAUGCCUCCCUUCGGCUUCCCCCCGCCCAUGCCCCAGCCAGCACCGGGCCCGCUUCUGCCGCCGCCGAUGGGGGCCAACCCACAAGUACCAGUGCUGGCGCUGCCAGUGGCGCCCCACCCCGACGCGCCGGCGCUCGACCAAGCGUCGAGCCGCUUUGGCUUCGACAACAGCAAGAUGCCCCCCGUGCUGCCGUCGGAAGAGCUGUUCUGCGACGACGACGACCCGCUGUUUGUCUACUUGAACUGCACCCGCGCCGAGUUCAACGCCCGGGACUUGGAGUCGCGACGCCGGCGCCACGACCAGGUGCAGACGGUGCUCAAGGGCACCCCCGUGGGGAUGAUGCUCUUGCUGUUGGGCGAGGACGUCACCCUGUUAAACAAGCCCGAUACCCCUCCCCAACCGACAACCACCGACGUGCCGUCGACGUCGUCACCGCUGCCGUCCACCACUCAACCCCAGAUCACCAACUGGGCCCUGGUGCUCCACCAAAACAAGCCCACCCCGAAAAAGACCGCCAAUGGCGCCGCGGUGGCGAAGCUGGCGCCGUACACGCCGUUGCUGCCGGCGCCUGAGUUCGACCUUCUGCUCGAAGCUCAACAACUGCUAGGGGUGAUUUUGCUUCGGGUGAUGCACGACCCCAACUACCUGGUGCUUAACCAGCCGAACUCGUUGCCUAAGUUCGAAGUGAAGCCCCACGGGCUCACCAACCCGGGCAAUAUCUGCUACAUGAACCUGAUCAUCCAGGUGUUGGCGUACUGCCGCCCGUUCAACCAGCUUUUACGGCUCAUCCACGACAAGCUGAUGGGGCUGCUUGGCCAGCUGACGACGCCGGUGCUCGAUGCCACCAUCUGCAUCUUUACCGAGUUCCUGAGCCAGGAACACGACAUCAUAUCGCCGGAACGGUUCUUCCAGGUAUUGCUGGACCACCCGCGGUUCUCCCACUUGCAGUGGGGGCAGCAAGAAGACGCCGAGGAGUUCUUGGGCUACUUUUUGGACACGCUCAACGACGAGUUCAUCGCCGCCAUCGGGGCGUUGCGCACCCCCACCGUCGACCUGUUGAUCCAGCAGUACGCCGCCAACAACCUGGCGGAGGCGACGAAACGGUUCCUGCACGACGUCAAGUUCACCAUGCGCCAGAUCCGCGGACAAGACAAGCCGCUGGUGGUGGAAAACGAGUGGAACGAAGUCGGGAAGAAGAACGUCGAGAUCAACCGCAACCACGACAUCAAGCAGACGCCGAUCACGAUGAUCUUCGGCGGGGUGAUGCGGCUGGAGGUGGUGCUGCACAAGCUGGCGCUGGCGAAGCUGUUCAAGAAGCUGGUGACGUUGGACCCGUUGCAACACAUGCAGCUCGACUUGGACCAGGCGCUGCUGGUGGAGGAAACCCUCCUCAAAUGGAACGAGCCGGAGCAGAUUGUCCUUGACCCCAGCGACCACAGCCUGGUGGUAAAGAAGCAGAAUUUUAUCGACAAGUUGCCGCACACGUUGAUCAUCCACUUGAAGCGGUUUUCGUUCGCCCACGACGGGCUGGGGAACGUGAUUGAGAAGUUACGACAGAUGAUCCGCUUUGGCUACCAUCUCGAGAUCCCGCUGGCAUUACUACUGGCGGAAGCCAAGCACCAGCAGCGGCAGUACCGGCUCGUGGGGGUGGUGUACCACCACGGGUUGCUGGCCGCCAACGGCCACUACACCUGUGACGUAGCCACGCCGCAGUGGGUGCGUGUCGACGACACCCUUGUCACCAGCCUCGCCGCCGAUGAGGUUCUUGACGGCGGCGACGACACGCGCAACGCUUAUAUCUUGGUGUAUGAGCAGGAAGCAUGA